AGUGGUAUUACUAUUAACCCGAUAAUAACAAUAAUAAUAAUGAUGAUGAAAAAAAAAAAGAAGAAGAGCCAAAAAGCCACAAUAGAUUUUAGCUUGGGGACACUCAUCUGUUCAUGGUUGGCUUAAUCACAACAGAAUCAGAACCUUCUUCCUUCGAUUUAGCUUUAAUUCCGGGAUACUACUAAACCCAUUUAAAAUCCCUAAUCUUUUGUUUCUUUAAUCCUUCCAGCACUAUCGUAGAUGACAUUUUAUCUUGGUUUCUUGGGAAAAUUCUCUCUUCAGACAGUCUAAUUUCUCUAUUUCGCUGUCUCUCACGCAUCUUCUUCUUCAUCACCAAAUUUAACGCCUCCUCAUCACUCAAUAUGCUGUUGGGUGAGAAAUUCUAGAGGAGGAAGAAGUCGAAUAUUGGAUUCAUUGGAUUCAAAUCUUGAUUCUUUUUAUGUUCUUUUGUACUGGGUUCUCUGGAAUAGGAGCUCAUAGUGCUAUCCAGGGUUCAUUGGGUAUUCAAUUCAACAACGGGUACUUGUUUUUGAUGAACAAAUAUGGCCUUCAAAUCUAAGAUAAAAUGGGUUGCAGUGUUUGUGUUGACUUUAUCUUUAGGAUCAAUAUUGAUGCAUCUUUCAAUGACAAAGUUUGCAAGUAUGGAUUUAGUGCAGCAUGGUGCAAUGGAUGCUAUAAGCCAGGAUUUCCCAGUGGUAGUAGGAUCACGGGGUAUUAGAACGAAGAGACUAUGGGGGCCUGUCAAGACUUUGGAAUCUUUGAAGCCAUAUCCAAAUCCAAGAAGCACUUAUCCUGUUCCCAAUCAGAAGAACAAUGGUUUCAUCUUUGCAAAAGUUUUUGGUGGAUUUGAGAAGAUAAAAUCUUCGAUCUGUGAUCUUGUCACCAUAUCCAGGCUUUUAAAUGCUACUCUUGUAAUUCCAGAGAUUCAAGAAACUACUCGCUCAAAAGGCAUCAGUUAUAAAUUCAAGAGCUUUUCCUAUCUCUAUGAUGAGGAGCAGUUCACUGCAUCCCUUAUAAGAGAUAUAAUCAUUGUGAAAAGUCUGCCUGAGAAUUUGAAGGCUGCUAGAAAAAGGAAUGAGUUCCCCACUUUUAAGCCCAAAAGCUCUGCCUCUCCAAAUUUUUAUAUCCAAGUUGUUUUACCGAAAUUAAAGAAAGCCAAAGCUAUUGGAUUGAUUCUUACUGAUGGUGGAUGCCUGCAGUCAAUUCUUCCACCUAGCAUGUCUGAGUUUCAGAGGCUUAGGUGCCGGGUUGGCUUCCAUGCUCUCAAAUUUCGGCCAGAAAUUCAGACCCUUGGUCUCCAGAUGGUGGAGAGGCUACGAGCAUGGGGGCAACCUUUUCUAGCCUAUCAUCCUGGCUUAGUAAGAGACACGUUGGCAUAUCAUGGUUGCGCUGAACUUUUCCAGGAUGUUCAUGCUGAACUAAUACAAUAUCGAAGGGCACAAAUGAUAAAGCAAGGGAUUGUUAAGGGAGAGCUGAGUGUUGACUCACACUUGCACAGAGAAAAUGGUUCAUGUCCCCUCAUGCCUGAAGAGGUUGGACUUCUCAUUCGGGCAAUGGGCUAUCCUCCAAAAACAAUUAUAUAUCUGGCAGGCUCUGAAACUUUUGGUGGUCAACGUGUUCUAAUUCCCCUACGUGCCAGGUUUCCAAACUUAGUGGAUCGGACUUCCUUGUGCAGCAAAGCAGAGUUGUCUGGUUUGGUUGGUCCUGAAACCCCUCUUCCUCCAAAUAUUUUUAAAAUACCAACUGCCAAAAGUGAGAAACAACUUAAAGAGGAGUGGAAUAGGGCUGGUCCCCGUCCUCGACCUCUUCCUCCUCCCCCUGACAGGCCCAUCUAUCAACAUGAAAAAGAAGGCUGGUAUGGUUGGAUUACUGAGAAGGAUGCAGAGCCAGACCCUUCACCUAUGGAUCUUCGAAUGCAAGCGCACCGGUUACUUUGGGAUGCCCUUGAUUAUAUUGUCUCUGUGGAAGCAGAUGCAUUCUUUCCUGGUUUUAACAAUGAUGGUAGUGGAUGGCCAGAUUUCUCAAGCUUGGUCAUUGGACAUAGGCUGUAUGAAACUGCUUCUUCCAUAACAUACCGUCCAGACAGGAAAGUUAUUGCUUCACUGUUCGACAUAACUCGUGAUGAUAUGUACCAUCCAAAGUAUUCUUGGACACUUUCAGUGAGGGAACAUCUCAACAAAAGCUUAAGUGAAGAGGGCCUUAUAAGACAAUCCCAGUUGUCAAAACCGAGGUUGUUUCUAUCACACCCACUUCCUGAAUGCUUGUGUAGAAUUUCACCUGUUGAGGUUACAAAUGAACUAAGAUUUAAUGACCAAGUCUUGUAUGGAGAUGAAGAUGAGUGCCCCAAGUGGAUGCAUUCAAAUGGGGCUGAAGAGGUUAAAAUUGAUGAUGUGGAACUGCUAGAAGACGAUAAUGAUGUGGUUGAGCAGCAGCCAGAAUCUGAUGAAGGCAGCAACAGAGAUAGUUUGACUCAACUACUUGAGCAAGAUGACGAGUGGGAUCCUAAUGACUAGAAUUUGAUUUGAGAAUGAUGCAACAACAUACCAUUUAAUCCACGAGGAAUUCAGUUUCCAGUAACUUUUUCUGGACUAAAAUUUUGGUGACACAGGGUAACAACCUAAAGCCAUUCUUUUAUUUCAGAGUUCCAGUAUAGACUUUUUAGGUUUGUAAAUAGUCAAUUGGUUCCCAGUAGAUUCAAGUAAUCCUUUACUUACACAAACCAAAGAUCAUUUGUAUACCUUCAUACCUUGAUAGCAGAAAGAUUUAUGCAGCAAGAAAUCACAGCUUGCAAUACAAUGCCAAAGUGCCGCUAUUUUAGAGUGGAUUGUUACAGUCACAUCGAUUUGAGAGUGCUGUAAUCUUUCUGGUACUCGAACAUAUGUGCCUCUUUGAACAGCUUUUUGCUGUUAGAAGAGUGUAAAUUUUCAUUGAGAACAACGUCAAUGAGAUAGGUUUUUAGAUUUUUGUUAUUAAUGAGUUCAAUUCUUAUCGCUUCCAUUUUUGGAUUGAUAAAAUUUUUAUGUUAAC